CUUCCAUCUCCCCAUUCACAUCUCAAAAUCCCUCAAACCCGCCCUUCCCCCAUCUUCCGGCGUCUUAGUCUUAUUUGAAUAUGUGGUCCUUUGGUUUAUGCGGGCCUUGGGUGGGUGGAUGGGAGGCAGCUCGUGGUUUCAUUUAAAUUGGGCGUGGGUAGGUGGGUACCUUCCACAAGUCGUCUCGCCCACGCAAAACAGUUAAAAGCUACAGUCAGAACGAGCGGAGAGUCCACAUCUUCAAAGCACCGCUAGAAAAGGAAAUAAUACGGGGGCCAGGGAGAGGGCAGAAAUAGAGGAAUAAAACCCAACUUCGCGGGCAACUUCGAUAAAUCUGGUAACUGGCGGCAAAAAAUAGAUUCCGAGGGCUGAGUCUGGUCCGGAUGAAACGCUACGACUCCUUCCCAUGUCGGAGUCUGGGGUUGGAAGCCUGCCACUGGCGUCUUGCCACGCGAGUGCCCCCAGACAGCAACACACCCACUGGAAACGCACGUGAACAAAGCUCUCGCCCCAGGAGCCGCCGCCUGCGGUUUCCUAGUCGAUUCCGGCUUCUCCAGAGAGCGCAGGGCGCACACAGGGUUAAGUUAGCUCCCUCCCUGGUAGGAGGGAGAGGAGGGGGAGGGGAAAAGCAACAUACUGUCUCAGGCUGGGUACCUUGUAGUUAGUUGUACGUUCGAACCCUGUGGUCGUCACUUGCGAGUUUGCAUCUUCCAUAGCCACCGCAGAAGUACCAGAGCGCGGAGAUAACAUCAGCGGCCGCAAUCUCCGCUCCAAGGCGCCGCGCUGCUCCUCCCGGGGUGCGUCUCUGGCCCUAGGUCCCGGGUGUCAAGUAGCGGCGAGGCGGCAGCUCUGCGCCCGCCGCCGUGUCCACCCAGCCCCGGGACCAGGUUGGCAGUUCUCAACGAUGGGCAGGAGGGACCUUGGCGGAGACCCCUAAAACAAUACCAUGCCCCGGGAGCCCGGCUGCUGCCGCGCCAGCUUCUUCCCUUUCCACCUCCCCGACCCUGUCGGAUUCGGAUGAGCUCACUGCGAGGAGACGCGACCGCCAGAUUGCAGAUUGAGCUUAAUCAAGAAGUUCGUAGGCUGAUCAACACUCAGCUGACCUGCAACAGAAGAAAGGAGGUCUGCCUUCCCAGUUGGGCCCCUGUUGACUGCUGAUAACUUGGCAUCACUCAUUGCCCGUGUGAAAAUUCUCCCUAUUGAAAUUUUUUCGCACAUGGAGGACAACAGCAAAGAGGGCAACACAGGCUGAUAAGACCAGAGACCGCAGGAAGAUUCUUUUACCGUGGGCCUUUGAGACUUUUCUUCUAGUUGGAGUUCUGGACUUGACAGAACCCCAUCCAGUCAUUUUGGUUUUACUAUCUGUUUUUUUUUUCUUUUUCUUUUCCUCAUCACUUUGUAUUUUAUUUCUGUACUUCAGAAAUGGGCCUACAGACUACACAGUGGCCCAGCCAUGGGGCUUUUUUCCUGAAAUCUUGGCUUCUCAUUUCCCUGGGGCUCUACUCACAAGUGUCAAAAAUCCUGGCGUGCCCUAGCGUGUGCCGCUGCGACAGGAACUUUGUCUACUGUAAUGAGCGAAGCUUGACCUCAGUGCCUCUUGGGAUCCCGGAGGGCGUAACCGUACUCUACCUCCACAACAACCAAAUUAAUAAUGCUGGAUUUCCUGCAGAACUGCACAACGUACAGUCGGUGCACACCGUCUACCUUUACGGCAACCAACUGGAUGAAUUCCCCAUGAAUCUUCCCAAGAAUGUCAGAGUCCUCCAUUUGCAGGAAAACAAUAUUCAGACCAUAUCACGGGCAGCUCUUGCCCAGCUCUUGAAGCUCGAAGAGCUACACCUGGAUGACAAUUCUAUAUCCACAGUGGGGGUGGAAGAUGGGGCCUUCCGGGAGGCUGUUAGUCUGAAAUUGUUGUUUCUGUCCAAGAAUCACCUGAGCAGUGUGCCUGUUGGGCUUCCUGUGGACUUGCAAGAGCUGAGAGUGGAUGAGAAUCGAAUUGCUGUCAUAUCAGACAUGGCCUUUCAGAACCUCACGAGCUUGGAGCGUCUGAUCGUGGAUGGGAACCUACUGACCAACAAGGGCAUUGCUGAGGGCACCUUCAGCCAUCUCACCAAGCUCAAGGAAUUUUCAAUCGUACGGAAUUCACUCUCCCACCCACCUCCUGAUCUCCCAGGUACACAUCUGAUCAGGCUCUAUCUGCAGGACAACCAGAUAAACCACAUCCCUUUGACAGCCUUCUCAAAUCUCCGCAAGCUGGAGCGACUGGAUAUAUCCAACAACCAACUGCGCAUGUUGACUCAAGGGGUCUUUGAUAACCUCUCCAACCUGAAGCAGCUCACUGCUCGGAAUAACCCUUGGUUUUGUGACUGCAGUAUUAAGUGGGUCACAGAAUGGCUCAAAUAUAUCCCUUCCUCUCUCAAUGUGCGGGGUUUCAUGUGCCAAGGUCCUGAACAAGUCCGGGGGAUGGCUGUUAGGGAGUUGAAUAUGAAUCUCUUGGCGUGUCCCACCACGACCCCUGGCCUGCCUCUCUUCACCCCAGCCCCAAGUACAGUUUCUCCCACAACUCAGCCUCCCACACUCUCUGUCCCAACCCCCAGCAGAAGCUAUACGCCUCUAACUCCUACUGCAUCGAAACUUCCCACAAUUCCCGACUGGGAUGGCAGAGAAAGAGUGACCCCACCUAUUUCUGAACGGAUCCAACUCUCUAUCCAUUUUGUGAAUGACACUUCCAUUCAAGUCAGCUGGCUCUCUCUCUUUACUGUGAUGGCCUACAAACUCACGUGGGUGAAAAUGGGCCACAGUCUAGUAGGGGGCAUUGUUCAGGAACGCAUAGUCAGUGGUGAGAAGCAACAUUUGAGCCUGGUUAACUUAGAGCCCAGAUCCACCUAUCGGAUUUGUUUAGUGCCACUGGAUGCUUUUAACUACCGAGCUGUGGAAGACACCAUCUGUUCCGAGGCCACCACGCAUGCCUCCUAUGUGAACAAUGGCAGUAACACCGCUUCCAGCCACGAGCAGACGACGUCCCACAGCAUGGGCUCCCCUUUUCUGCUGGCUGGCCUGAUUGGGGGCGCAGUGAUAUUUGUGCUGGUGGUCUUACUCAGCGUCUUUUGCUGGCACAUGCACAAAAAGGGGCGCUACACCUCGCAGAAGUGGAAAUACAACCGAGGCCGGCGGAAAGAUGACUAUUGCGAGGCAGGCACCAAGAAGGACAAUUCCAUCCUGGAGAUGACGGAAACCAGCUUUCAGAUCGUCUCCUUAAAUAACGAUCAGCUCCUUAAAGGAGAUUUCAGACUGCAGCCCAUUUACACCCCAAAUGGGGGCAUUAGUUACACAGACUGCCAUAUCCCCAACAACAUGCGAUACUGCAACAGCAGUGUGCCAGACCUGGAGCACUGCCAUACGUGACAGCCAGAGGCCCAGCGUUAUAAAGGCGGACAGUAAAACUCUUGAGAACACACACGUGUGUGCACAUAAAGACACGCAAAUUACAUUUGAUAAAUGUUACACGGAUGCAUUUGUGCAUUUGAAUACUCUGUAAUUUAUACGGUGUACUAUAUAAUGGGAUUUAAAAAAAAGUGCUAUCUUUUCUAUUUCAAGUUAAUUACAAACAGUUUUGUAACUCUUUGCUUUUUAAAUCUUAAAAAAAAAAUAGUUGCUGAAGUACUGUACAGGGUUGUACAAUGAGAACCCAACGCCAAGGGAAAAGAAUGAGUGAUUCUUCCUCAUGAUGCUCAUUAACCACUUCGCUGUUGAAGCUGUCAGAAUAAAUUCCUUUCUUAGAGUGGGUGGUCAGAUGAAAGGGCAGGUUAAAAUGGACUUAUCAGGGGAGGAUAAAGAAUAUGGGUAAAACAAGAAAGGACCCAGAUAUCUUCAUGCUAUUUCUGUACUUUCUAGUCUGGAAGAAGAGUUAAAAAUUCCAAAGUAUAAGAAAGGAGGUAGUUACCAUGGUUUGACCCAAAAGAAGAAAUGUAGAAAGCAUCACGAGGAAGUGAGUUCCCAUGAGCCAAGUUAACCCAACCUGGCAGAAUGGAUAAAAUGAGAUGACAUUUGAAAAGACCUCACAACUCCAGGGUUGGCUUUCUGACUGGGAACUUAAAAAUCACUCCUCGUGCCUCCCAAACCCUAUGUGAUAAGAGAGUUAGAGACCUGAAUCUUAUUUCAGUCAUCUUCAGGGGCAGCUAUGAUGUCCCAGCAAGGAAACUCCCUUUAAAAGUGUUACUAUUCAAAUUAUAUGUCGGGUUGAAUCACAUUCAACAGAGAUAUAUUCUAGAAUACUUUUUUUAGAAGAGGCUAAUAAAAUAACAGGAAGAAUUAUAUUGAAUGGAAUUAUUUUUGAUAAUGAGAAUUAUUUGGGUAGAUUCACUGCAGCUAUGUCAACAUGAUAUUUAGACCAACAGGGGAUCAAUAUUUGGAAUAUACUAAACUGGUUACUUAAAAAUUAUUGAUACCAUUUAGACAAAAGCAAGUGAUCCGUGGUUCUGCUAUACUGCAUCAAUGGACUUUGUUAGUAUCAUGUUGAAAUAGCUUGAAUUAAUACCUUUAUCCCCUCGCAAAUUCUUGUCUUCCAAUCACCUCACAUAUAUUUUCAUAAUUAGCUGUUUAUGCUAUGUUUGUUUUAUGCCCCUCUGCUCAAAAUUUGAAGGAAAAUUAUGGAUGCCAGUCUUGGUUGCACAAAAUAUCCAUAAACAUUUAACACUUUAAAAUGCACACUAAUUUUCACUGCUAAUAAUUCUGUAAGGACACAUCAAAGCUGGCCAAAAUAUAUUGUUUGUUUGUUUAUUUUAAAGCAAUACUGAGUUUCCACCUUGGGCUGACUUUGAUCCUGUUCCAUUUUUGAAAUUUCAUUUAUUCCUUUUCAAUCUUGGAUGUUCCUCUUCUUUGGGAAUCGUGGAGGGAUCAUCAAUCUUAUAAUAACAGGAUAACAGAUGAAAAAUGGACAAGUCAUAGAAUGAAGUGUUGUUCCCCUAAUCUUGGCAGAGCAGGGCAUAGAGCAGAGGGCACAGAGAAGAGAGGGAUAUCCGGGCUUAGUUCUAGAUGUUUUUGGAGCACUGUCCAUCCUCAGAGAGUGUGUAUAAUUUACCCCUUUCUAUCCCUUAGAUGUAGAAGGGCUAUCGAUCACAUACAUUAUUUAAAAUAUACACUCUUGGAAGGUUCAUCUUAAAAUCAAAUUUAGGCAUUUCACUCUAUGCACAUUUCCUUUACCACUGGCCACUAUUUUCUGGACCCAUGAAGUUAAUGUCACAAUCAUUUUUGCUUUCUAUUUCUCUCACUUUUAACAAAAUAGAACUGUGAUGUGUCUUCUUUGUAAAAGUUUAGGUAUAAAAUGCUAUGCAAGUUUUUCUUUAUAGUAAGAGCUUUAUUUUCUUUAAUAAUAUACCCCAACUUAUAUGUUUUAAUCUCCCUUGUCCCUCAGAAUAAGCAAAAUUACAGAAUAACUGAAGCUAUAAUCUUGUAGACACAAGAGUCAAAACUGUGCAGUCAGUCAAGCUGAAAUUAACUACGAAUUAAUUUUAAUUAAUUCUAAAGCGACUUUGGUUUCCAUGUUAGUCUCUUAGCUAGCAAGUUUUGCCUGUUGCUUUUUUAAAGCUGGAUCCACACAGUGAAGGGACAAGACAGUCUGUGAAGGUGAUCAGUAUAGCAGUAAAAUUCAGGACAAGGACAUGGGGUUUUGUGUAUUUAACUGGAUAAUUCCCUUCCACUCUCCUCUUCCCCUUGGCUGUGUAGAUAAAACUGUGUGUUCAAAUGA